AUGAGUGAAACAUUUUCAAAAGAAUCAUCAAGAUGCAGCUCCAGAUCAUCAGUAAGAAGUACAAAAUAUGGAGAGGAUUUUAUUACUUCAGAAGAUGAAAUAGAUAAAAAGUUGAGAGAAAUACAACAAAUGGAAAAAAAGUUAAAGUAUAGAAAGUUAGAAAAGGAAGAGGAGAGAAAAAGGAUGUUAGUGACAUCAAAAAAUAUUUCUGCAGGAUUAAAAAGAAAUAUUGAAGCGAUAAGUAAGGAAGAAUUCACCUUCUUUCAAAAUAUGGUGAAAGAAUCUAUUGCAGAGGGAUUCAAAAAAAUAGAGGAAAGAAUGGAAAAUAUGGAGAAACAACUUGCCGAUAUGGAAGAAAAUAUUCUUCAAAUGAAUUCAGCCGGGCAAGCAAAAAAGCUUCGUAAAGAGGAAAAGAUGAAAAUUGAACUCUGGCAUGUGGAAUUCAAGGGCAAAGAUAUCAGAUUAAUUGAUAUAACUUUUGACAUUAUCAGCGAAUUAGUACAGGAAAGGCGCCUAUACAUGCGCAAUAAUAAGUUAAUUACCCCGGAGAUUGCAGAUUUUGUAGAAGAGCAAAUGUCAAAAAGUGACAUUAAGUACACAGGCAAUCCGGUAAUUUUUGGAAGAAAAAUUGUAGAUCUUCUCCUAACAAAGGAGCAACAAAUGUUUUUCAAAAUGAUCUACAAAAGUCAAAGGACUUCCGAUAGGCAACCAUUGCCUUUUCACUAUGCCAAAAAAAUGAAAGCUAUUAUCAAUUAUGCUGGUGCAAGCAUAAUUCACCAGAAUGAAAGGCAUGAAUACAUGCUAAUUUUGUAUUCAGGUAUCAACGACAGGAGCCUGAAUAUGAACAAAAGUGGAAAGGUUCGAAAUGUCACAAUGUACUUCAAUGAAAAUGUGAAGGCAUUAUGGGAGGAAGAAAAAGAGUUGAAAGAAAUCAUGGAAUUUGGAAGCGGCAUUGAUUUCUAA